UUACAGUUUGUUCAGGAAGUGCUGCCUCGCUCCUCCUUUUUUUUCGCGAUGACAUUCAAUUGCGCACCAACCUUUCUCUUUCUGUAUUCCCUUCCUGAUGUAGUGCUUCCGCCUCGCUGCAAGAAGCCAGAAUGUUGCACGUUAUUCGCCGUCGACGGUGCUGAAGCUUCUGCAGUGAUUUGUUCGGUUUAGAUUUACUGACGGUAGAAUUUCCCUCAGGUUUGAUUCCCCGCGUCCCCCUUGGCCUCCCCCCUGGAGAAAUGUCAGCUUUCUCCUGAUCGAGGGACAUCUCGCUUCUUUCUCCGAUGCCGAUUCUCCGCACGUGGAAUUUUUCAUGUUCUGCUAAAUUGCAAAGCGACGGCAGCAAGAUCAACUUGCUCUCCCGGCCUGCGAGGAGACGUGCGAGAAGAUGUCUUCUCCUCCUGAUCACUCGCCGAGUUGUGAGGAGCCGUGUCCCUCAGCUCGGGAUGGCUCUCCUCCAGAAACCUUUCAUAUGGUGUCCCUCACCUCCAGCCAGUUCAGACAAGAAAUACUUCCAACCUUGCAGCAGGCAUACCUGGACUCCUCGUCAAGGAAUUACUUUCACUACAACCAAGUGACGUUAGUGAAUAAUGCAAAACUUCUAGAUCAGUACAAUGCUUGUCGGUCGGAUCUAGCGGUGAAAGGGUACAACCAAGAGGAACUUGCUGAGUCCUUUGCUUUCUUACUGUUCGAAACAGAAGAUCAGGCAAAAACUGUCUGUAAAGAAGGAUUGAAGGUUGGGAGCAGUAACAUUACAACUCUAGGAGAUCCACUGAAGGGAGUUUAUCUUUGUAGAUAUUCAGACUUCCUUCAUCCCAAGCCGUGGUACCAUGGAAAAUGCGGCUUUAUUGUAAUUUUUAAAAUAAUUAAGGGUAGAGUGAAGUCUAUGAUUGAAAAUUACACAGCGGAUUUGACUGAACCAUCUGCUGGUUACAACUGCCACAUUUCCAUAAACAGUGAUACGGUUUCUUCCAUAACAAGUCAUUUUCAAGCUUUUGAGCUGACGCAGUAUUAUGUGUAUGAAUUUGGACAGUGUGGUGUUCUCGAGUGCCCUCGACAGAUUUAUCCUUACACUAUUGUAGCAUUUCAAUACUCUGACAACAAGUGUGUGAUGGCAGAGUCAGCAAAGGCUGAGCUUUUCGUUCCUGAAAUUCAAGUGGAGUACUAUCCUUGGAAAGGACAACUUACCAACAGAGGCAAAGUGAUCAGUGUAGCUCUGAAAUCAACUGGCAGUCCAUUGUUGCCAGUCGUUUUACCAACAAAGCUUGAAAUUGAGUACGUGAUGAGCAUUGGCGAACUAAAAAGCAAACUGCCUCAGGGUGUUUUUGAAAAAGAAAAUUACAAACUUAAAGAAGUUUGCUUGGAAGGUUUAUAUUGCAGUUGGUAUGAACUGGUGGCAGACUUAGAGGGAGGAGAAGCUACUUGGCUGGAUCCUUUGAUAAAUAAAUUGGAGGAAAAGAAGCUGGCAGUUGUAAAGCACUUAAACGAUCAGGGGCUACUCAUAUUGUUCAACGAUUCUGUUUCCAGUCCUGCCAAUGGAAGCAGCCAGACUGCUCAUGAUACAGUGCAAGCUGUGUUCAUUUUCAAAACACCCAGAAUUUCUCACCUCAAAGAAACAAAUCGGGUGAUAUGCACACUUUCCCAGAAUAGGAUAACUCCGCUGCUUCCUGGUUAUACGUACGCUGUGACCACGGGUCUGACAUCCACUGACACACCGGCAACUCCAUGGAACAAAGUGGUUGAGGAUCAACUUGUGCAAUAUUUCAAAACGACUCCAAAGCAGUCCAAACAAACAGGUGUCGCUGUAGGCAAUCAUUCCCUAAUUUCUGUGGGGGCACGGCCAAACAAAGGACAGCCGCCAAUUCCUGGACACUCCUGGCAAACCAGACUUUCCCAACUCGCUCCUUACUUUGCCGAACCCGCAAGCUACUUACUUCCUGUGUCAAGAGUCUUGAAACUUAAGGGGAAUGCUCUCAAGCUUUGCCAAAACUCUGGCGGCAGGCCUAAGGUCUUGUGCCAUUCUGGUAUCUCAGAACCGCAGCCCCCUAAUGCUGGGAUCCAACGGGUAAAGAGGGCAUCAAGAGUCAAAAAGGUUCAAGGAAAAGAUGCCCUGCCAGUGAGCUUGCCAGUGCCAAGUGCGCCUUCUCAGCCUGGGAUAACGGUAAAGUCCAUGCUGCAGACCCAAGCAAGUGGUGAACCAGGCAAGACUGUGGGAAGAGUUAACUCGAUCAGCAAACCAAUUGCGGUGAGCAAAGUCUCGAACAGAGCAAAAAGGAAGGCAGCUAAAGCUUUGCAUACCAGUGCAUUGAACAAACCGGACACUAUCUUCGCAAGUCCCGAUCGCGCAGUCAGCAGCAAAGCAGCCGGCACCACUUCAGCGAGUCUGGGAUAUUCCACAAGAUCUGCUUUCAAUAAUAAAAGGACCCUGUCGCAGUCGGCCAAAGGCUUCCCCACAGAAACACCCGCCCCACUCGAGGUGAACACAAAGAGACUGAAAGCUGCUGCCGUGCUCUCUCAAACCUCUGCAGCAGGAAGAGCAGACAGCAACUACAUGGACACAGAGAUGACUGCGAUGGAUAAGGUGCACAGCCAAUGCACUGAAACUGUUUGUGUUACAGGAGUAAGCACGCAGCAGGUUUCACGGUAUGGCGUCUGCACCUGGAACAUUGUAGGAAACAUCUCUGAUAAUGAGCCUGCCUCCCUGCAGCCGCUAUCCUUGUGUGCUGGUUUAUGUUUGUUACAAGAGAAAAAAAUGCCAGAGGUGGAAAGGCAGGCAUCACAGGAGGGUGUCGAUAACAAAGUUGGGCAAACAGACGCACUAAAUAUUCUCGCUGACCUUGCGAUUAAUUCUGCUAUUGCGACAGUACCGACAUCUCAGCAGCGCUGCACUUUGACUAUGCAGGCAUGUGUUACAUGUGCCACCAACGAGAACACGUCUGUUGGGAGCAAUGAGCAAUUAAAUCAUUGCUCCAAUUUGAUUGACAACCACAGUGAUUGCUUACCGAAUACAGAGUUAAAGGUACAGAGCAUCAUGUCGAUGGCAGCAGAAAACCACCAAGAAGGUGGGGGAGAAGUCUCUGAAAAUUGGCUGCCCCCGCCUUCUGCAUCAUUGAGUUUAGAGGGUCUUCCUUCUGCAGCCCCAGCUUUCGCUAAGCUUGAAACCACCAGGGUGCCUAAAUCUCAGUCUCGUGUUGCUAGAGAUACUGCUUACCGAUCCUCAGCCACUCCCCGCACUUCUCACCCCUUGGGAGACCAUUCAUAUUCUCGGCCACCGAGGGAUAGCGAGCCCGUGUGUUCAGCUGUUGCUAACCCUGUGCCAUCCGAAAGCGAGCCUGGGGCGUGCGAGAAUGAGAGGAGAGACUCGGCUGUGUUGGAUUUGCAAAACACGAGCCGUACCUCACAGUCACAGACUGAUCUUGGCUCUAAAGAUGAGGAAAGAACAUUAGUUGGAAGAGUGCUACCUUUCAGACGUGAAGAUCCAUGUGAGAUGAAUGAUACAAACACUGUGUCAGCUCCAUUGAAGAAUAAUGGUGCAUUGGGAAGGUACGACCAGGUUGCUGAUUUUACUGUUGCUGAUUCAUCGCAGAGCAGGUUUGAUGAAGAGUUCCAAUGCUCUCGCCGCGUGUAUGAGGAAAAGGACAUUAUAAAGGUGACAUUUGAAUGGAAAGGACCAUACUUGUACCAGUGGGACAGCAAAUAUACAAACGAUUCACUGGAGAAAUCUGUGAAUCGGGCUUUACAUGGGUAA